AUAAGCGAUGUAGGAGAAGUGUCCAACAUUCGUUAAUCCUUGACUGGUAUAAAACAUGAUAGGCUGAGAGUAUUUACCUAAUCAACAAUUAGCAGUACUGAAAACCUGCAGGACAUAAUUUUAUAAGCAGAUCGGAUGGUGUUUCGACUAUGGUCCCUUUAGAACACUCCAGUGGCUCCAAUGAUGAUACAGAGGCCAUCAUGCCUCAGGAACAAGAACCGGAGAAGAGAAGACUUCAGUCCCACCCCCAAAUAUAUGGAGCCAUCACCGGAGACAGUACAGGCAGCCUAGGAGAUACCUGCCCGACUUGUUGGGGAGUAGGGCGUAUUCCAAGAGGACAUGAUCAGCUAGUGGCAGUCAUCCCAUGUUCAGACAUAAGACUGAGGCCCAGCCGGACGAAACUCUAUGUGUGUAUAUCGGUGGUGGUGUGUCUCCUGAUCUGCUGUCUGAUCCUCUUCUUCCUCUUCCCACGGAGUAUCUCACUGUCCCUUGUCACCGUCAAAUCAGUGAUGGUCUUCUUCACCCCGCAUACAGUUGAAAUGCAAAUCGCGAAUGUCUUUAACGUCACCAAUGAGAACUUUGCGGACAUUCAAUUCUUGGAAUUUGAUAUACAAGUGCUGAUUGCUGAAACAGUGGUGGGCAGGAUCAAGAUAUCUAAUAUGACCGCGGUCAAAUCACGUUCAGAGAAAGCGUAUACUGUUGUCAUACCCAUAACAAUUGAGGACGCAGGCCUGAAUAAUUACUGCAAGUCAAACACCAUAAGGAUUCACACCUUGUUCUUGCAUUUGCAAUUGACAAUGAACAUUUCCUACUUGGCUCACUCGGAGCAGCUGUCCGAAGACACCUUUGAGUACAUUGACUGUGGAGCCAACACCACCAUCCCCCACCCUAUCAGGCAAAUUCUUUUUGAAAGAUGAAAGCCUGUCAAUGAGGGAUCCCCAAAGUGAAAAUGUUUAUUAUAAACAAGAUAGACUCAAGGGAAUCUUCCAUUCUAUCUUAUGUCCAGCGGUCAUAAAAAGUAUAUUGAUACGUUUUUCGUUGUCAAAGGGAAAUAUAUACAUAUAGUAGA